AUGGCGCUCGAUAUCGCUCGCGGCUUUCGCCUGUUUUGCUAUUUCGUGGUUAUCGCACUGUCUAUCGCGUCGUUUGCGCUUAUUGUGCACGACUUGAAGCCCAUCAUCAAUGGUAAGCGGUACUGCUUCCCUCAUUUCUAUACAACAGGAACAGUUGGUACGUCAGUGAGUAUCUGUAACUUUGGUAUUGCGGACAACGUGAUCAUGUUCGUAUUUGCGCUCUUCACGUUUAUGUUCGUGCUUAUCGGGAGUUUCGUAUCUAGCCUUGAACCGCACAUAUUCAUUUUCGAAGUAGCUGUGAACGGCUUCAAUACUAUCUGGGCAAUGAUCUGGGCCAUUGUUGUGAGUGCGAGAAUCGGAGGCAGUCGUUCGAAGAAGGAGAACGCAGUGCUCGGCUUCUCGUGGAUUGAUUUCGCGCUCCUCCUCUUUGCACUGAUAGUCACUCUUGCGGUAGAGCGGGGACAGAAAGGAAGUUCGGAUGAUGUCGGUGAGGCAGACACUGAACGUGCGGAGGCGUAA